UUUUGCUUUUUAUCCCUUUUUUGGUUCACAAAAAGCUGUUCUUUUUAUUGAUGGGCUUCACAUGGGAAGUGGGUGUGAUCUGUGUAUAGAUCUCAGUUUUUAGCCCUUUUGGGGUGGCAACUUGCAACUCUAUCUAUUUGGUGAUCUCAACUUUCUUUUCUUGCUUGGUCUAAUUCUGCAAUUCAUUCAAGAAAUUUCCCAGAAGAGAUCCUGUGUAUUGAGUUCUGUUGGUUUUGCUCAGAGGCAGAAGGUUUCGAGUCUAGUAUGGGUCUCUCGCCAUAUUCUACACCUGCAGAUGCGGGUGUUCUGUGCGUGAUUCUGGUCAAUACCGCCAUAUCCAUCUCGAUUGUCAAGGAGAUUGUCCGGUCAAUCCUUAGCGUCAUUGGCAUCCGGAUUGCAUCCUGGGAAGACUACACCAUUGAAGGCCCCUUGGACACCCUCGAGUGUCGAGGAACCCCCUCGGAGUCCUACAUAGAGGAGUUUCGCAGCCGAACACCCCCCAUCCGGUACGACGCAAUGUGCAUCUCUAACAACCCAGAGCAAGAGUGUUCUGUUUGCCUGGCAGAGUUCAAGCCAGAUGCCGAGAUAAACCAGCUGCCUUGUGGGCACGUUUUCCACACGGCCUGCCUCGAGAAGUGGCUCAAGUACUGGAACGUCACCUGCCCGCUUUGCAGGAACUACAUGAUCCCGCAAGGAGAGGACGAUGGUUGCCCAAUGUGAGUCAUUAGAUGUUUGCGAGAACCGAGACGAAACCCCUCGUUUGUACAGCUUAGUCGUCUUCAGACCGAGCAUUGCUCGGGCUGUUAAGACACCACGUCGUAGUUGUAUACCUAUGUUCAUCAGGCAAUGUUUGCGUCCUCUAGCAGCGACGGGUCCUCGUGACCAAUAUACAUUGCUGUACAUAUACUAAGAACACUUCUGCAAUCCACAAAAUUUUCAGGCAUUCAGUUCUCUA